AGCUCAUCAAGGCAAAGAUUUGGCUUCUCGAGGUAGAGAGUUUGCUCAAGGGACUACUAUAUCAUACUAUCACUGUCAUCAAGGUCUCCAGCAAGGAUCAGAUCCAUGCCCUCAACGAGGAGCUAAAUAACUUCGAAAAAAUUUUCAGAAGGUCUACCGAGUACUAGAAGCAGAUCAUAGCAAUUUGGCAAAGAAGUGGUCAGGGAGUUAGCAUCGCUCGCGUCAUCCUUUGGUGUCAAAGAAAUCACAAGUUACGGGGGCUGUACCAUUAUAUAUGGGACGGCAACUUCUGAAGGUGGCAGUGAUCGGAGCUGGUGUUUCGGGCCUUUUGACAGCCCGAGAGCUUCAAAAAGAAGGCCAGCAGAUUGUGGUCUAUGAGAAAUCAAACCAAAUUGGUGGUUUGUGGGUGUACGAUCCUGAAGUCGAGACUGAUCCACUUGGCCUCGACCCUAAUAGAAGAAUCGUUCAUAGCAGCAUUUACGAUUCACUUCGGACAAAUCUACCUACGCAACUUAUGGAAUUUACAGAUUACUCCUUCACAAUCGAGAAAAAUGUCGUUUCUGUUAAGCAAAAGAAUGGUAUGUGGGUUGUUGAGUCGAAAACAAAUGGCGAUGAUCAAUUCAAGAAAGAAGAACAUUUCGACAUGGUCGUGGUUUGUAAUGGUCAUAACACUCAGCCAAAAUUAGUAAAUGCUCCAGGAAUUAAAAAGUGGCCCGGAAAACAAAUUCAUAGUCACAACUAUCGUGUUCCUGAGCCUUACAAGGAUCAGGUUGUAGUUGUGAUUGGUCACGGGCCAAGUGGCUUCGAUAUAGCCUUCGACAUUGCCAAGGUAGCCAAAGAAGUUCAUGUUUCAUCAAGAUGCCCACAAGUUGAAGUCAGAAAACUCGAGACCUACAAAAAUGUAUGGCAGCAUCCAAAGGUGCCCACCAGAUAG